UGCUUUCUGCCAUGCUCUCGGUUAGGAUGUCGUCUGCCUGCAGCGACUGAAUGAGCAUCUCAUCCACCACCAGCUGUUUACAGAGAACAGCAGAGCGUCUCCGAAGAGCCUGUCUGUCCCGCUCCAGCAUGCCACACUCCAACAUUUUGCUAACAAACUGCUUACAGGACAGCAAACUGGGAUGUACAAACACACACAGUGACACCAAAGCCACGGAGAGAGAAAAGAGGAAUGACAUGUCCUUCUCCAGAAAGAGAAGUUUCACUUUUGGGGCAUAUGGAGGUGUGGACAGAUUCAUGUGUGGGGAUGAGACAAGAAAUGAAUCUGCAGAAGACAACAUACUGGAGAUCCUGGACUCUCCUGACAGUGAGAGCAAGCCAUUCCUCCCUGCCAGCAGCAACCAGAGGGACACAGAGCUGUUUGAAAUCAUUGAAAAGCUGCAGGCCAGCAGGAUUGAGGAGCAGCGGUGUGAAUUCCCUCUGCCUCUGAAGUCUCAGCUUUUAACAAUAGGUGGAGAACUGCCACUCAUUCUCCCUUCAAAGUUGGGAGGCUACUGGAUUGACCCCCCACUGGAGAGGCUUGUAGAUGUGAGUCCCACCUCUUCCCACUAUGGCCUUGAUCCAGGGCAAUACAACAUCAUGGAAAGAGAUGGAGAGGCUAAAGUCUACCACAAGUUCUUCCGAUCAAGGCACCAUCACUCAUUCACAGCAGUGGAUCCAUUUUUGGGGCCGCUGGUUCUCUCUGUGUGUUUGGAGGAAGAGGAGAAUAAGCUACGGGUGAUACUAAGAAUGAAGGAGUGCUCUUUGCAUGGAGUUUUCACUGUGUUUCUCUUCCCGAACAUCCCAUCUGCUGUUGAAUUAGCAAAGAUGCUCUGCGACAAAGUGACUGUCUCAAAGUUUGAAGUGGUCAGCUACCUCAAGGCUCCAGAACUCAUAACCGCAUUCGAUGAGCACAGUGUGUCUUCGAAUUUCAAGUUUGGCAUUUUGUACCAAAAGGAUGGGCAGUUCACUGAGGAGGACAUACUCAGUAACACUGACGAAAGCGAAGAAUUUAAGGAGUUCCUCUCCAUUUUGGGAGAGACAAUUCAGCUGCAAGGCUUUACCCGGUUCAGGGGAGGACUGGAUGUGUGUCAUGGUCAGACAGGAAGUGAAGCAGUCUUCACUUCCUUUCAUGGAAGAGAAAUCAUGUUCCAUGUCGCAACUAAACUGCCUUUCACAGAGGGCGACCCGCAGCAGUUACAGAGAAAAAGACACAUUGGUAAUGACAUUGUAGCUUUGGUCUACCAGGAGGGCCAAACCCCUUUUCUGUCUGAUGUCAUCAAGUCUCACUUCCUGCACUGUUACCUGGUGGUCCGGAGGAUUCGGAAAGGGGAGGAGACAGGUGGAGCUGUUUACCAGGUGUCUGCCACAGCCAGAGAUGAUGUUCCUCCUUUUGGUCCAGUCAUCCCAGAUCCUCCUGUCUUCACAGAUGUAAGAAACUAUGCCAAGCAUUCUGUCUUGAGAGAAUUUCUUCUGACCAAGCUUAUCAAUGCAGAGAUUUCCAGCUAUAAGGCUGAGCGCUUCAGGAGAUUAGAGCUCCGGACUCGUUCCUCGCUCCUUGAGAGCUUGCAGGCUGAGCUCUCCACCCGUUCCCAGUGCAUGACGGGGGCUCCAUCUCUGUCUGCACUCACCUCUUCUGAAAGCAUACGGGGGGUGUCAGAGGGGAGUGGAGGAUUCAUUGAAAACUUUAAGAGAGCCAUCCGAGUGCGGAGCCAUUCUUUGGAGACUCCUGGGGUACCCAGGAAGACUCUCGGCAGUACAUCACAGAAGCCAAAGACAGAGAAAGAUGGAGAGAGUGACAAAUCUCCAGGACUUCUUUCUUGUCCCGCUGACGGUUUGGGACCAGCUGAACUCAAAGAUCAAGCAUGUCCUCAAGGGGAGACAUAAAAGGAAAUAUGAACUUGUAGAUUUUAAACAUAAAUAUGCAUAUAGACAUUGAUAGCCUAUAUGGUCACUACUAUAUUAUCCAGGUGGAUGACUACUAUGUAAAUAGUGUGUAAAAGUAAAUAGUAUUUCUGAGAAUAUGCAUAUUUGACUGUCAUAGUAGUGAUAUUGUAUAUUACUAAAAAUCUUUAAAUUGUAUUUGAGUGAAAUAUACAACAUAUAAAACUGCCAAGAAAGACUUAAAGAAAACAAGUUCACUGCUCUGUUAUCAAAUAUGACAAAUUUUACUUGUGUCUGUGUGUGUGUGUGUGUAUAUUAUCAGGAAAUCAGUUGUACUUCAAUGAUGGCUAUAAGGACAGCUGAGGGGGAGGAGACAGAGGUGGGGGAACAGCAGCAGAAAUUAAAUAAAAAAGAUGGGUUUAAUGAUACCGGUAUAACACGAUCAGUACUUUGUAGAAGCCAGUUGAUGAACAAACAUGACGAACUAACACGUUAGAAGAAG